UGCUACUCAUUCAUAGUGACAGCAGGCUUCAGUGUGAUAGAGCAUGUGUCCGUUUACCAUGGGGCUAUCAGCAAGGCCACUACUGAGAGGAUCCUGGGUGCAGUGGGGAGAGAUGGGAGCGAUCUACUCCGAGACAGUGAGAGUGUGGCCAAUACCUACUGCCUAUGUGUUCUGUGAGUACUUGAACAGUAUUGUUGAUCCAUCGUAGGUUUUUGGCCUAACACCAUGUGACCAUAAUCCAUAAAUAUUUGAAACAUGAAGGUUUAGUUAUUGCCAUUUUGAUUGACUUUAGCUAUAAAUUCACAUUUGCAUCAAUGCUGUUGUGAUGGAAACGCAUAAUUUCUCAGCAAGGUGGUGGAUAACAACUUUACAGAAUGAAAACAACAGAUGGAUGAUAUGACAUUACUAUUUGUAUGACAAAUACACACCUGUGUUUCCAUCUUUCUGAUUCAUGCUCAUACAGACGGGUUGUUCCAUUUAAUUUGAAUCCAUAAAUACUGGACUGUAAUGUACUAUACUGUACGAUUACACAAAAAAUCACUGCAUUGAAAUGCUGUAAUUGAAAUGCUAUUUUCACUGAAAGAUGGAAAGAUGUCUACACCUACAGUGUUCCAAAUCAAGGAGGGCUCAUGAACAGUUGAGGUGAGAAAAGAUAAAUAACAGACAUGUUAUCAAUAUCCAUUGGUUGGCCAUAGAUUACCACAUGGGUACACAUGAAUUACAAAAAUAUACUGUACAUUCACACACAUUUCUUACAUUCCAAUUAUAGAAAGCUCAUCCCUUAGGAGGUAUGUCCUCAAAACGCUACAGUACAUACAAAAUUAUAAAACGGUAAUGUGGAAUUAGUGACAACCUCAUUGUUAUUUUGGAAAUAGCAAACUAUCCUGACUUGACCUGAAUGAACAGAUAAGGCGUUUCUGUGUUUCAGACGGAGUGUGUGGAGUACAGACACGAUUAUUCAGGACGAUAAGGAAUCUGAUAGCGGCCUU